AUGUCUUCUGCCGUCGAAAACACCACCGACAACCAGGCCGCCGCCCCGGCUGCCACCACCGCUCCCGAGGCCCCCAACGGGACUGCCGCUCCUGCGGCCACCCAGGCCGCGGAUGCCGCCGCCGCCAGUGCGGAUGAAGGUCGUCGGUUGUACAUUGGAAACCUCGCGUAUGCGACUACCGAGGGGGAGCUCAAGGAGUUCUUCGCUUCCUACAAGAUUGAGAGCGUCUCCAUCCCGGUGAACCCUCGCACCAACCGUCCCGUCGGCUACGCCUUCGUGGACCUGGCCACCGCCCAGGAGGCCACCUCCGCCAUCGAGCAGCUCUCCGGAAAGGAGAUCCUGCAGCGCAAGGUCUCCGUCCAACUGGCCCGCAAGCCUGAGCCCGCCGAGGCCAAGGCCGAGGGUGCCACCAGUGGCGGUGAGGGCGCCAGCGGCAACGAGGGCCGCAAGAGGGCCGGUGGCCGUGGUCGUGGCCGUGGUCGCGGUCGUGGCCGUGGCGGUCGCCUUGGCCGUGGAGGUCGUGUCCAGAACGGUGCUGAAGACGAGUCCGCCCCUCUGGCCGACGUCACCAACGAGGGUGAAGCCGACUCUGCCGAGAAGCAGGCCGGCAAGCCUCGCGUUCGUGCUCAGAAGCAGCGUGGACCCCCCGAGGAUGGAAUUCCCUCCAAGACCAAGGUCAUGGUCGCCAACCUGCCCUAUGACCUGACCGAGGACAAGCUCAAGGAGAUUUUCGUCGACUACCAGCCCGUCUCCGCCAAGAUUGCCCUGCGCCCCAUCCCCCGCUUCAUGAUCAAGAAGCUGCAGGCCCGCAACGAGCGCCGCAAGGGCCGUGGCUUCGGCUUCGUUACCCUGGGCUCUGAGGAGCUCCAGAACAAGGCUGUCCAGGAGAUGAACGGCAAGGAGAUCGAGGGCCGUGAGAUCGCCGUCAAGGUGGCCAUUGACAGCCCCGGCAAGGAGGACGACGUUGAGUUCAGCGGCGAGAAGACCGAGGAGGCGGCCACCGAGGCUCCGGCCAAGGAGAACGUCACCCCUGCCGCGGCCUAG